AUGGAUGCCAAGAAAGCGACAGCGCAUGUGCCCGAGCCAACGCAUUUUCAGUAUGACACCCGAGAUGCUAUUAUUUAUGCACUUGGAGUCGGUGCUACAACCAAAAAUGAUAUAAAUUAUGUAUACGAGAACGCGCCGGAGUUCAAAGUUUUGCCAACAUUCAUAGUUGCGCCAGGAUUCGAAUCGGGAAAUAUCAUGGAUUGGCCCGGAAUCGAAUUCGAUUUGACUAGAAUUCUUCAUGGCGAACAAUAUAUUGAAAUGUACGAGCCUCUGCCUUCAGAAGCGAAGCUUCGUUCUGAGGGCAGAGUUGUCGACGUCUUGGACAAAGGAUCGGGAGCCUUGAUUCUUAUCGAUAUCUUGACAUAUGACGAGUCUACGGGAAAGAAAAUUGCAAUGCAGCAGAUGAGCAUCUUCCAAGUUGGAUCCGGCAAUUUUGGCGGCUCGCGCACCUCUCCGCAUGAGAAGAAGGCUUCAACGAUUCCGAGUCGACCGCCAGAUGCUAUCAUUGAGCAGAAGACGUGGGAGAAUCAGGCUGCCCUUUAUCGAAUGGGCAGUGGAGAUCUGAACCCGCUUCACGUCGAUCCGAAUUUCGCGAAAAUGUCCGGAUUCAAGGAGCCGAUUCUCCAUGGACUCUGCUCUCUUGGAUUCGCUGCGAGACACGUUUUGAACGCGUGGACCGACAAUGACGCGGAUCUGUUCAAAGCGAUGAAGGUUCGCUUCUCCUCGCCCGUCAUUCCCGGACAAACGUUGGUCACCGAGACGUGGAAGGAUGGCAAUCGAAUCACGUUCCAGACGAAAGUCAAAGAAACUGGAAAAGUGGUGGUUUCGAAUGCCUAUGUCGAUUUGCACAAGGCUAAUGCGAAGCCCAAUGUUCCAGAGCACUUGAAAGCCAAAUUGUAA